AUGGCCCCCAACAUAGACAAAGAGGCGGAGCAUCUCCGGAACAAAGCCAGAAAGGAGCUCCUCGGAUUGCUUGAAGGCGUCCGCGGCAAGAAGAACUUGGUCAUAGGAAAGGAUCUUACUGGGCUGCUUAGCCUGUUCAUUCAAUUCCCAACGCUCAAAGAGUAUGGUGUGGACAAAGUCUUCGAGCUCGAAAAUGGCAACACCGACUCUUCACAGAGGAACGUCGUCUAUCUUGUCCAUGGAGAGAAGGCCAGCCUAGUCCAGGCUGUCGCAGAGCAAAUCAAGAAGCUCCAGAGAAAUGGAUCUGUCGAGCACGAAAUCUCAGUGUGCUGGGUGCCGAGAAGAACUCUGGUGUCGAACAGAAUCCUAGAGGAUGAGGGCAUACUGGGGGAUGUCAAUGUGUCGGAGCUUCCUAUAUACUUCCUCCCCUUGGAAGACGACAUGUUCUCACUGGAGGUGGAGGACGCAUUCAAUGAUUUAUACCUACGACGCGAUCCUUCCCCUCUGUAUCUGGCCUCGAAAGCCUUGAUGCAGAUUCAACAACGACAUGGUUUGUUUCCACGGAUUUUGGGCAAAGGAGAUAACGCCAAAAAGCUUGCAAACCUCCUCCUCCGAGGACGAAAGGAGCUCGACGCGGACGAAGCCGCGACCCAGUACACCACCAUGCCGAGCACCUCAAUCGAGCAGCUGAUCAUAAUCGAUCGAGAGGUCGAUUUCGCCACUGUCUUGUUGACCCAGCUGACCUACGAAGGCCUGAUUGAUGAAUUGGUCGGUAUAAAGCACAAUCGUGCAGAAGUGGACUCGGCCAUUAUCGGCGCAGCUCCUCAGCAGCGAUCACAGGUUGAUUCUUCCUCAACAUCUCCGGCCCCUGCCGUCCGUCAAGGUCUCAAACGUAGGAUCCAGCUAGACUCAUCCGACUCGCUGUAUGAACAGUUGCGCUCCUCCAACUUCGCCCUGAUUGGACCUCAUCUGAACAAAAUAGCGAGACGACUAGAAUCAGACUACGAAGGUCGCCAUGCCGCUCGCGGCAUCAACGAGUUGAGAGACUUCGUCAACAAGCUACCAGGUUUCCAACAGGAGCACCAGUCAUUGGCCAUUCACACUAACCUGGCAGACGACAUGAGCAAGUAUACUCGGUCCGAAGCCUUUAACCGCGAGCUAGAAGUACAGCAGAAUAUCGCAGCGGGAACAGACCCAAUCUACCAACACGAUACUAUCGAGGAGCUGAUCGCCCGCGAUACUCCCUUAUCUUCUGUCCUCCGACUUCUCUGUCUCGAGUCAGCCAUAGCUGGGGGUCUGCGCUCGAAGGACUUGGAGUCCUUUCGGCGGCAGAUCUUGCACGCCUACGGCUUCCAGCAUCUCCUCACUUUAGAUAAGCUACAAGCGAUGGAACUUCUGCAGCCUCGCUCGUCCAGCUCGGCUCUGCUCCUCCCAGUCGGUGGCGGAGGGCCCUCGUCAGAGAAAGGCACAAAAACAAACUAUGGCUAUCUCCGCAAGGAGCUGAGGUUGAUUGUUGAUGAGUAUAACGAACAGGAUCCCGAAGAUAUUGCAUAUGUGUAUUCCGGCUACGCUCCCCUGAGCAUACGCAUUGUGCAAUGCAUCUUACAGAAACAAUAUCUUCAAACCCUACACAAGUCGCCGUUGCCCCUCACGUCUUCUAGUACAGGAUGGACGGGUUUCGAAGACAUGCUGAAGUCUGCAAGGGGACCAACAUUUAAUCUUGCGCAGAAACCUGCCGAUGAGAAGGCAUCGAGGGCGAAAGCUGCGCUUGCGGGCACGGGCAAUUGGAAGACUAUCUUUGUCAUGUUUGUGGGAGAGGAAGAAGAUCGUCAUUUGCACCACUGGCAUCAUUAG